AUGGAGAUCUACGACGAAGAAUGUAAUGAGUUCGUCGAGGUGGACUUGACUCGGCUGCCCGACGAGGCGAAGCUAUGGCUGCGCUUCGAGGGAUCCAAUGAGAUACGGGAGUUCUUUGAGCAAUGUGAUCCACAUGGUUUGGACUACGUUAAUGCCGUGGCAUUCGUACUGCCCUCUUACACUGCUAUGCUGACGACCUCGCAGAAGUAUAUUUUUCACGCCAUUACCCGAUUGUUCGGCAUCGACAUGAAGGAGAAGUUCGCGCUUCUUCGCAGCUUCUGCGACGGGCAGGAACCAGCUGCCAUCGUCCUCGUGAGGAAUGCCAACCUGUUCUACUAGGACUAUCAUCCUUUCAACCACUCUGCCCUCUUUGGCAGCACUAAGAAUCCCAUGCAAAAUAUGUUCUGGGACUUGGGACUCAGAAGCAACAAGGCUUUCUUGGAGUCUUUGGGAGAGAUGACGCCGGUUGGCCUUGCCAUGACGAAGGAGGUGCUUCACGAAAGACAAGCUCUGUCAGAGAAC